AAAUAGUAAGAAGCAAUUGAAUGUUUCGACAAAGCUAUUGCUAUUAAUCCAAAAAGUGAUAAUACAUGGUAUAACAAGGGUAGUUAAUCAUUAAAAAUCAUAAUUUAGGAUUGGCAUUAUAAAAUAUGAAUAAAUAGUAAGAAGCAAUUGAAUGUUUCGACAAAGCUAUUGCUAUUAAUCCAAACAAUGAUAAUGCAUGGAAUAACAAAGGUAAAUUACUUUAUAAUUCAGGAUUUGCUCUACACAACUUAUAGUAAUAUAAUUAUGCAAUAUUAUGUUACGAUCAAGCUCUUUAUUUGUAAAUUACUUCUUCUCGAUUAAGAAAUAAAGGUAUAUCGAUGUUUUAUUAAUAUUUAGCUGAUUCAUUAUUUUAAUUUGGGAAGAAAUCAGAGGCUAAGCAAUUCUAUUAGGCUGCAUUAGAAAAAGGGUCAAAUGAAAAGACUUAUAUAUAGAGCUAACUAUCAUAAUUAUGAGAUCAUUAAUAUAUUGAAUAUCAUAUAUUUCUA